AUGGGCGUCCCGGAUGUCGGCACAUCCCGGUUCAACCGGGCUGGUGGCGGAAUGGCAGGGAGGGGUGGCAUCAAUGCUCCCAACGCUCACGUCUUUGGACGGACCUUUAGAGGAGGGGCCGGCAGCACGGGGGUUCAAGGUGGCUCAGAGAGUGAUUCGUCUGGGGAUGAUGCUCCCAGUGGUACAUGGGGUGGAGCACGUACGCGCGGCACGCCUGGCACAGGCGCUUUUCAGUUUGGAGGGGCUGGUUUGGGUGUCGGAAGUGGGACAUGGUUCGGGAUGUUUGGGCCAAAUGGCAGCAGAGGCUUUGGCAAUGGCCGGAGUGAAGGGGGCUCAAGGUCUGCUGCAACAAGAACACGGUUCGGGUUGGAGAGUGGACAGGGUGUCGGUGGUAGUAGCAGCGCGCAUGGUGGCGGUGAUGGAGGCCCCAUUGCAGGGGUUGGGAUGCCGUAUUCUAGCGGACAGCGCCAUGGGGAGAAUGAGCUGGGAGGCACUGGCAUCGACGGUUUGGCUCCCGGCGGCGUUGGGUUGGGAAUGCAGGAGAGUACGGCUGGAGUCGGAGGGGUGGGCAUGGGAAUGGGAGCCGGAGUCGGUUUAGGGGGGUUCGGAAUGGGACCAGGAGGUGCCAGCUUGGGGCGGGGGUCUCUUGCUGGAUUCGCUGGGGUUGGUAAUGGGACGCGAAUGGAGGGCGCAAGCACCGGACAGGGGGCUGGUGAAAUGUUUGGAGGGUUAGGGGCGCGGCAUGAGUAUGGAGUGGGAGGGGGAGGGGGUGGAACAGGGAUGAGACGUGCGGGCCGUGGGACAGGAUCUGGAGGAGUUAUGGGAGGUGUUGGAAUGGGUGUGGGGACUGCAGCAGGAAUGGGGGGCUUUGGCCUGGGUAUGGGUGCUCUAGCGGGAUCUGGUGGGCUGGGCAUGGGUGUGGGUGUUGGCCGUGGGUUGGGAUCUGGAGCAGGAGUGGGAGGGGUGGGCAUGGGGGCGGGGACUGCAGAAGGCAUGGGUGGCUUUGGCCUGGGUAUGGGAUCUGGAGCCGCAUUCGGAGGGCUGGGCAUGGGUGUGGGUACUGCAGCCAGGUUUUCAGGUGUUGGCCGCAGGGUGGGAUCUGGAGCAGGAGUGGGAGGGGUGGGCAUGGGGGCGGGGACUGCAGAAGGCAUGGGUGGCUUUGGCCUGGGAAUGGGAGGGGUGGGCAAGGGGGCGGGGACUACAGAAGGCAUGGGUGGCUUUGGCCUGGGUAUGGGAUCUGGAGCCGCAUUCGGAGGGCUGGGCAUGGGUGUGGGUAUUGCAGCCAGGUUUUCAGGUGUUGGCCGCAGGGUGGGAUCUGGAGCAGGAGUGGGAGGGGUGGGCAUGGGGGCGGGGACUGCAGAAGGCAUGGGUGGCUUUGGCCUGGGUAUGGGAUAUGGAGCCGCAUUCGGAGGACUGGGCAUGGGUGUGGGUACUGCAGCCAGGUUUUCAGGUGUUGGCCGCGGGUUGGGAUCUGGAGCAGGAAUGGGAGGGGUGGGCAUGGGGGCGGGGACUGCAAAAGGCAUGGGUGGCUUUGGCCUGGGUAUGGGAUCUGGAGCCGCAUUCGGAGGGCUGGGCAUGGGUGUGGGUACUUCAGCCAGGUUUCCAGGUGUUGGCCGCGGGGUGGGAUAUGGAGCAGGAGUGGGAGGGAUGGGCAUGGGGACUGGUCUUGAAAUGGGAGGUGGGGGAUUGGGAAUGGGGUAUGGAGCAGGGUUCCCUGGUGAGGGGUUGGGGAGUGGGGACUGGAGCAGAGAUGGGGCGAGGGGAAGUUGCAAUGGGCGCAGGAGUGGGGAUGGGAGGGGGGAGGUUGGGUUUUGA